AUGGCUACUAAACCUAGUUCCUUGGUUGCAUACGCUGUGAUGCUCAUGAUCAUGGUGGCUUCUUCCACAGUGACAUCUCGUCCUCUCAUGAAACCAACCGUGUCUGCACCUUCUCCUUCCACAAGCCUUGUCUACCGUCUCAGACUCGAUGAAGAAACAGGUUACUGCUGGGACUCACUGAUGCAGCUCCAACACUGCUCUGGAGAGCUGAUCUUGUUCUUCCUCAACGGUGAGACUUACCUAGGCCCUGGAUGUUGCAGUGCUAUAAGAACCGUGGGACGCAAGUGUUGGACUACUUUGAUUGGUGUUCUUGGUUUCACUCCUCAAGAAGGUGACGUUCUCCAAGGCUACUGUGAUGAUGACCAAGACUCUGCAAAGAAUGCUCUUGCCUCCUCACCACUGCCUAUGACUCUCAAGUUCAAGCCUAGUCAUGUUGUUAGAUCUUCUAACCCUUGAUUCCAGAGCUUAUGAUUUGUUGA